AUGCCCUCCCUUAUGGUUGUCACCAUCCAAUCGGCCAUCCUCAAAGCAGCUGCCAAUAUCACGGCUCAGACCCUAUCGCAAUGGGGAGCAGAAGAGCCCACCGAACUCGACUGGGCUCGAGUAGCUGAAUUCGCUGUAUUUGGCUUGGUUUCUGCGCCCUUGGUGUGCUUCUGGCAACGCGCUUUGGAGGAAUCCUUCCCCACUCAGAAUGGCGUUGUGUCAAACCCCCACGCCCAAUCCACUGCACGAAAGAAAGACCAACCACACCGGCUCAACUGGCGCAAUGUUCUUCUGAAACUUUUCUUGGACCAAACCAUUGGAUUGUUUUUCAUCAACGUCAUAUUCAUCACUUGCACCACAGGGGCCAGGCUCCAAAGCACAAGCCUUAUCGCUCGCGAAAUUGAAAUGAAAAUAGUUGGAAUUCUGAAGGCUGGGUGGAGGAUUUGGCCUCCCGUUGCCCUCAUCAACUUUCUAUGGGUUCCUUGGCAGUGGAGAGUUGUUGUGACGUCUGUUGUGGGAUUUGGAUGGAAUAUCAUUCUGAGCUUCCUGUCGAAAUAG